UUACUUUAGCCGCCGCGUAUGUAAGAGACAAGAAAUGGAAUAUUAUCAGCAAAUUGUAGACGCCGAAGAAGAAGAAUAUUAUCAGCAAAUUAUAGAUAAACGGGUACAAUCGACAUUGCCAAGCGAUAACUGAAGUAGAAUGGCAGGGUUGAGCCUUAAAAUGCAGUCAUGCUCAUUCCCAGCUUCUCUAUCCAAGGGCUUGUGCAGCAGAGCUGAAUUUCGUUGGAGAAAUAAGGUGAGAGCGGCUGUGGUCAGAGCUCAACUCCAAGAGGAUGAGCCGCUUCUUCAAGUGAAGGGGUUAACAGCUGUGGUUAGUGACUCCCGCCUCGAAAUCCUGCGGGGCAUCGACCUUGUCAUCCGCCCAGGGGAGGUUCACGCGAUCAUGGGAAAAAAUGGGUCUGGAAAGAGUACUUUCUCGAAGGUUCUUGUGGGUCAUCCUGAUUAUGAGGUUACUGGGGGUACAGUGAUUUUCAAAGGCGAGAGCUUGCUGGAUAAGGAGCCUGAAGAGAGAAGCCAUGCUGGCUUAUUUAUGAGUUUUCAGUCUCCAGUUGAGAUCCCAGGUGUGAGCAACAUGGAUUUUCUGCGGAUGGCAUGUAAUGCUCGAAGAGCAACCCUUGGUCUUCCAGAAUUUGGUCCCCUUGAGUUCUAUGGUUUCCUUUCCCCAAAGCUUGCAAUGCUAAAUAUGGAUCCAAAAUUCUUGGACCGCAAUGUUAACGAAGGAUUUAGUGGUGGUGAGAAAAAACGCAAUGAAAUUCUGCAACUUGCGGUACUCGAGGCUGAUUUGGCUAUUCUAGAUGAGAUUGACUCUGGAUUGGAUGUUGAUGCUUUACAAGACGUUGCAAAGGCUGUAAAUGGAUUAUUAACUCCGAAAAAUGCAGUGUUGAUGAUCACCCACUACCAGCGUCUUCUGGAAUAUAUAAAGCCUACAUACGUGCACAUAAUUGAGAAUGGUCUUAUUGUGAAAACUGGAAAUGCUUCAUUGGCAAAACAGCUCGAAGAAGGUGGUUAUAGAGCAAUUGUUAGUGUAUGAGAUCUGUCCUCUGUGUCUGACAUAAAGUUUUGCCGGAUGAAUUUAUAAUUGAUCAGCAGAGUCCUUUAUUGACAUAGUCUUCUGGAUUCCACUGCAAGUAAAUGAACAUUUACAUUACCUUGAGUGUGCUAUUUGGAAUUUGUAAUAUUAAAUGUAAAAUUGAUGUGAGUUUUGUAAUUUUAUGCCUUCUUCCCAAAUUAUUUUCUUUAUUAGAAGCAUUUGGGUUUUGCAAAAUAAAAUACUAGCAGAGUUCCAGCUGCUGGCCAAUGUUCAAGGAACUUUGUUUUAUGAGUUCCCAAAGUAGUAUCCAUAUUCCUAUGUUUUUGGAUAAACAUAAUAAAAGACAGGAACUCUUUUGGCUA